UCUUUGAUUGAUUAAUAAAACAAUUGUGCCUCAUCGCCACUCUCUCCUCCGCACGCAGAGACAGACACCGCAUGUGCCUCAUCGCCACCGCGCCCUCCGCCGCGCGACCACUAUGGCCGUCACCUCAGCUAGCCGCCAUCAUCACCGGCUCUUUCCACUAUCUCUCAGGUCGGUCCCUCUCUCCUUCCCACUGAUGCUGCUGCAAACCUUGUUCCCUUAGGCCCUUGACAAGUUUCCUAGCUCUAUCUGUGUUCAUGCUGGUACUCCGCAGCAAAGUGCACCAAUGCUUGUCUAGACUCUAUUCCUCUGCAUCUUCAUCACUGAUAAUGGUAGAUGAAACUCCACAAGUUCAUGCCAAUUCUGAGUUCAACUUGUCUUCUGUGUCUCCAGUUCCUGAGACCAACAGGGAACUGUUUCAUGUAGUGGUUAGGGUGAUUAAGUCCUUGAAUUGGAAGAUUGCUAGAGAAAAAAAAUUUGGUAGUUGGGUUGAGACUCAUGGAUUUUCUCAUUCAGUUAAUUACUUUAGAAUCAUCAUUCACACGUUUGCUAUGGCUGGUAUGCACUUGGAAGUGUUUGCUUUGCUUAGAGAUAUUGUUGGAUACUGCAAGUGUGACGACUCGUUCGAACAGUUUUCGACUUUGUUGGAUUUACCCCAUCAUUCUGUUCUUGUGUUUAAUGUGCUUAUCAAAGUGUUUGCUUCUAACUCUAUGCUUGAGCAUGCCCACCAAGUGUUUGUUAGCGCGAAGAAUGUUGGGCUUGAACUUCAUAUAAGGUCUUGCAAUUUCUUGUUGAAAUGCUUGGUAGAAGCGAAUAGAGCGGUGUUUGUUAGGUUUUUCUUUGUGGAAUUGAUGGAAACCGGUCCGUUGCCAAAUAUCCACACCUAUACUAUCAUGAUGAGUUGUGGAGAUAUUAGACUGGCUGCUGAGAUUUUAGGAAAAAUAUAUAGGAGUGGGGGAAACCCGACUGUUGUCACGUAUGGUACUUAUAUUCGUGGACUUUGUGAAUGUGGUUAUGUUGAUGUUGCUCACAAGUUAGUUCGUAAAUUGCACUGCAAACUCCAUCCUCUAAAUAGUCAUUGUUUUAAUGCUGUAAUUCAUGGAUUUUGUCAGAGAGGUGCAGUAAAUGAAGCGUUGGAAGUUUUGGAAGAAAUGAAGAGCUCGCGAACAUUUCCUGAUGUUUAUAGCUACAACAUGUUACUUAAUGCAUUCUGCAAGAAAGGGGAUGUUGAGAAAGGUCUUGAGUUGAUGAAGGAAAUGGAGCUCUGCCAGAUAAAACCAUCCAUUGUUAACUACACUUCCCUCAUCCUUCUAUGCAAGAAUAAGCUGAAGGGUCAACAACUCUAUGAUAAGUCAUUGGAAGUUUAUAAUAGCAUGCUACAAAAUGCUAUCCGGCCGAAUACAAUCAUUUGCAAUCAUAUUCUUAGGGUACAUUGCAGGGAAGGUCAAUUUAGAGAAGCUUUGACACUGUUGGAAGAUUUUCAUGAACAAGGAAUUAACCUCAACCAAUAUUCAUAUAAUGAAAUCAUCCACAUGAUUUGCAAAGAAAGCUAUCCAAAAAUGGCACUGGAGCUCAUGCCAAGAAUGCUUAAAAGGAAUGUACUUCCGGGAGUUGUUAAUUAUAGUACUCUUAUAUCUGGCUUUGCAAAAGAACAGUCAAAUUUUGAAAUGGUUGAGAGGUUAUUCACAAGGUUGGUAAAAGCAGGGAUCACUUUCAACACCAAGACAUACACAACUCUUAUUAGCAUACAUGGCCGUACUCGCAAAAGGCACAAAGCAUAUUGCAGAUUUGGGGAAAUGAUACAAAGUUGUUUGUGUCCAGAUGAGGUGUCAUAUACAGCUUUAAUAGCUGUCUUUUGUAAUAUCAGAGAAAUGAACGUUGCCUGUGCAUUAUUUCAAGAAAUGUCAAGGAUAGGUUGUUUGCCUAAUCUAUAUACAUAUACUUGUUUGAUUGAUGGAUUCUGCAAGAUAGACUACAUAGAUUUGGCCACACAGCUGUUUGAUGAAAUGAAAAGAAAGGGAAUUUUUCCAGAUGUUGUAACUUACACUGUCCUCAUUGCUUGGUACCAUAAGCAUGGCCGCAUAGGUGAGAAAAAUAAGUUAUUUGGCGAAAUGAAGGCAAAUUGUAUUUUGCUAGAUGAUGGGAUCAAAAAGUUGCAGGACCCAAAACUUGUGCAAUUCAUGAACUAGAGUUUACUCAUGGAUAUUUCAGUAAAUCUCAGUAUAAUAAUCAAAGAUGAAAUCUUGGCCAUCUAUUACUUUCAAUCUUGACCGUUUAAUUUCUCUUCCUAGCCUCUUCCUCUUCCACAUUCAAAAGUUACACAUUCUCAUCAACCUUUUGGGCUUCAACAAUCUUUCCACCAUCCAACGAAUUUACUUUGUAUUUAAUGGGCAUUCCUAAGAUCAAAUAGGUUGACAUUGUUUCUUCAUUUUCCACCUUCUCAAGUUCCACUUGAUCAUUUAUCACCUACCUCUUCAACUUCAACUAUCACCCUAUAAAAUCUCUUCAACAAGCUUUCCUCACAUCACAGCACACAUGCAACAGAGAAACAUAGUUCUACCAGCCCUCCACAAACCUGAGCCGAUUUCGACAUGAAGGUAUGACUCAGUCACUUUGCUUCAGUCAUUUGAUUAUUUCAAUUUCCUAACUCAAUAUGUUUUCCCUCAAGGUCUUCUUCUCUUGGGAGACUGUGAUAGUGUCAAUGUUAUUUCUUUGGUUUCAUUUUUGUUUUAUUCAUAUUUUUAAGUGAUUAUGAUUUUCUUUCAUUUUUGUUUUAUUCAGAUUGGUUUAAUUAAUUAUGAGUUCUUUCUUAAAUUGAAUGUCAGAUUAUGAUAUUGUAGGUGAAAUAAAAAAAACUCAAAUUCACAAAUGUGUUUUAAGAAAAAAAUUGCUUGAGUAUAGUUACGACCGUUUUUGUGCAACAAUUUUCUGGGAUAUAUGUUGAGUCAUUUUCUUUUAGUUGGUGAGUUCAUCAAAUAAUAUGUGAACCCAUAGCUUGAUACUAUGUUUAAAUUUUGACUUUCUUAAAAAUUAAAUUGCUUAUGAAUGAGGUUGUUCUUCAUGGUUUUUUUUUUUUUGCUUAUAAAAGAUACAAUGACAAUUUG